CGGCCACAACAUUAGGUACCCCUGCAUGGGCUAAUAAGAUCCAAGACAAAAGCUUUAUCAAAAAUAUGAUUGCUCACUUCUUUGAGACUGUCAGAGAGGUAUUAAUGUGACAAUCUGUUUAAUAUUGUGUUUAUAAUUUUCAUUGCACUGCAUCACUUCUAAUAUUUUAAUUGCCUUAUUUUGGUACUUGACAGGGAUAAAGUAGAAACAACGCUCAAUCUGAUGAAGGGCAUGUCGAGUCGUUGUUAAUAAUAAACAUCUUAGCAAAUUCAUAUCCCACAGACUAUGUUAGUCAUACCUGAAAAUCAUUAUCUUUGUAACAGAAGAUCAGAUGUUUUUAUACAGCUCUAUAUGCAUAACUUGUGGGUCUUUACAUUGUAAAGCUUCUUGUUGGAUUCCUCGGAGUGUCAACUAAUUUCUGGGUAGAAAACAGCCCAAAUGAGUGUGCAAACUCCCUGACAAGCCCAUAUUAAGUCCUGCUUGCAUGAAUAUUGUUCAAGCGUCACAUGAGCCAGGAAGCGGCUGCACGUGCAGGGCGCACGGCAUCUCCAGCGUGAGAGGAGGUGCCAGCUAGUGCGCAUGUUUGAGAGCCACGAGAUAGAAAGAGAGAGAGAGCAAGCCACCGUCCAAACACUUCUCCUCUGGUAUUUCCUGCAGUUAGUCCACAAUUGGUGAAAACAGUCUUUGGAUGUACAGUAGCUGAGGCAGCUCAAGCCAGAAGUGAUCAGUUUUGGUGUUUCAGCACUGGACAGCUCUCUACAUGUGCACUUUGUGUGGGAAUCUGUCUCAGCUGACGGGAAGCUGGAACAUGUAGGACUUUGUUCUACAGCAUCUGUAGCCACAAGAGCUGCCGAAGUGGAGUCUCGAACGAUGACCAUCCCCGAGUUCCUCCUGGAAGUGUCAAUAGUGGUGACGGCUGUUGUCUCCUUGGUGACCAACAUGUCAGUGCUACUGUGUUUCACUCAGAGCUCAGAGUUGAGGUCCCAUGUCCCGGGAAUCUUUGUCCUGAACCUGUCUUUCUCCAACAUCCUCCUCGCUUUCAUCAACAUGCCUACCACCUUUUUCGGGGUGGCCAAAAGCGGAGAACCCUUUGGGAACUUGUUCUGCCAAAUGGUCAGCUUUGUGGAGACCUUCCUCACCACCAACAGCAUGCUGAGCAUGGCGGCUCUAAGCCUGGACAGGUGGAUCGCUGUCAUGUUUCCUCUGAGCUAUUCCAGCAAGAUGCGCCUCCGGGAUGCUAUCCUGAUGGUGGUCUACUCCUGCCUUCAGUCCCUCACCUUCUCUCUGACUCAGCUGCUCAUGGACUGGGGAGGCUACAGCCACACGUACGCCUCAUGCACCGUACACCUGGCCACGGAGGGAAGGUCGCAGCUUGCCGCCUACGUCACCUUCACUGUGCUGCUCCAUUGCAGCAGCUUUGCUUUCAGCCUGGCCGUGCUCUGCUUCUCCUACCUCAAAGUUUUGAGAGUGGCCAAGUCCCACUGCAAGAGGAUAGACGUCAUCACAGUGCAGACUCUGCUGCUGUUGGUUGACAUUCACCCCAGUGUGAAAGAAAGGUGUUUGUCAGAACAGAAGAAGAGGAGACAGCGGGCCACGAAGAAAAUUUGCAUCUUCAUUGGCUCGUUCAUCUUCUGCUUUUCACCGUAUGUCAUAACAAGGUUAGUGGAGUUGUUGCCCUCUGUGCACAUCCCGCAGUACUGGGGCAUCACUACCAAAUGUCUGUGCUACGCUAAGGCUUCAAGCGAUCCAUUUGUCUACUGUCUAUUGCGGCACCAGUACAGGAAGGUCCUGGUCCGUGUCAUCGGCCGCUUCGUGAGAAAGGAUCAUUACUUGCUUUCUGCCAGCAGCUGGAGCAGUACAUUUGACACCACAGAAGACACUUGUGUUAGAAAAACAUGAACGCAGUAUGCAGCUCGUUCUAAUGAGGCGGCAACUGCACCCCUUCUGCUCAAUGUUUAGAUAGAGUUGACAAAUGGAAAGGGACCUGGGCCCUGCUCAAGGACACUUUCACUGAGGGCUGGGUCACGUACUUGGUGGAGACACAGCGUGACCAAUUUAUUUGUCAAGGACAACAAUGUAACAAUGUAUGCUGAAUGCAAGCACGCAUUGUUGUGAUGUGUGCCAAAAAUCCUUUUAAACGCUACAGACUGUUGAUUUCCAUAGGGCUGAUCAGUUUGCCUUCCGAGGCGCUGCCAAGGAUUUCUUCACAUGAACAAGUAUACAACACAUAUACAGUAAUUCCAAUAUCAAUCUUAUUGGAUUGUACACUUGGAGUAAUGUUGAGUUUGUAAAGAAAUGUUAUUCAUGUGCAUACAUUCAUAUUACAGCAACUGAAAUUGACAUAAAAUAUUGUGUCCAGUGCCAUGCAUUUGAAAUUGUGUGAUUGUACCACAUGACAACACAAAUACAUAUUUGAAGAAUAAACUUGUCACAUCUAAUUCAGUAAAAACACGACAGUCAUGGAAUUUCUGUGUGUAAAUGUGUCGAGAGACUGUCUUCGAAAAAUGAUUUUUACUUGGUAUUCUUCCAUUAUGUUUUAUUUGUAAUAAGAGCGCCAUUGCAAAACAGACCUCAGCCAUGCUCGGACAAGUUAAAAAACUAUAAAAAAAAUAUAUUGUGGACCACUAUAUUUGUGUGUGUGUCCAAGCACAUUGUGUUGAGUUUCUGCAAUCAGCAGUGCACACUUUGACAAAAAUGAGCCAGUGGAUGAUAGCAACCAAUUAUUUUAGCAUUCAAACACUACAUAAGCAUUAGAAACAACAAGCCUGACUCAAUUACGUGUGAUACAUGGAAAAUGAUGUAAGUCACAGGAGUGCCAUAUUUUUGCUUGUCUGUAUUGAGCAGGCUACCUUCUGGUUCACAAAGAAUCUUAUGAGAUGUUGAAUUGCAUGGACGGGAUGCUGCCAUUUGUAUUUUCGGGCGAGGGGGUGGAUUUCAUUUCACAAAGGGCAAAAAAAUAAAGGGAACAAAUUCCUC